GUUGACGAUGCGGCCGUUCUGCAUUGUCUGCUGGACCGAGUAAAUGCAGCCGCCGAAGCGUUAACGGAAAAGAGACCGGAUACGCGAGUUAAAGCAUUGUCUUUCCUGAUCAACUCUUUUCGAACGAACUACAUGUGCUUAGACGACACCUGGAAUUACAUCGGUACAUUCAUCGAUGGUAUCGAGCACGUGCUGAAAAAAGGGAGGAAUCAGGAUCAGACAUUGGCAGCUGAAUGCCUUGCUGUUUUCUGUCUUCAAUGCGAUUGCAACAUCUCUGACUGGCUAAUCAAGUUUUCACCCAUCUUGGAUACAGUACUCCGGGACUGUUCCGCGCCAUGCACAUUUCGUUCUGCGUGUGCUAUUACAAUGGCCGUAAUGCAGCUGUUGGCUGGCAGCUGUGAUUCUGUUUCACCAUUGGACUUGAUGAAAACAUUGGAAGUGGUUUUCAAAGGUUCAUGUUUGAAAGGUGAUGGAAAAGCACCAAAUCUAGACCCGGCAGUAGAAUCCUUACAUGUGGCAGCUCUUCGUGCUUGGGGUCUCUUGUUCACUUUCUUGGCAGACACUGAUGUGGGUCUUGCGGGUAAAGCUCUGCUACCUACGAUCAACAGUUUGCUGCAAGGGAAUAAUGUUGACAUGCGCAUCAUGGCUGGCGAAACUGCUGCCCUAAUUUAUGAACGCAUCCGCAAUGAAGUAGAUGAACGGUUUAAGGGACCUACGUAUACGGAUCUUGUAAGACUUUUGAAUUCACUAGCGACGGAUGGAACGAAGUCUCGGUCAAAAGUCGAUCGCAAGCGUCAGCGGCAUUCGUUCCGUGAUAUACUAGAUGCAGUAACCCAAUCAGAUUUAACUGAAACUUCAGUGAAUCUUGGAACAGAGGUACUUGUAUUGGCAUCUUGCGAAGACCAUUUUUGUUAUGACAUUUUGUGCACACUUUUGAAAGGGGGUCUCAUCCGCCAUCUGCAGCAAAACACUCAGGUCCGUGAGAUCUUUGGCCUAGGCCCUCCUGUUUUAGUUACUCCAAGUAUGCUUGAUCGUCGAUCUGCCAGAGAUCAGCGUCGACUAGCUAACUCAUAUUCAUUCAAAUUGAGGACACAAAAACUGAGCUCUCGAAGAGAUCAACGUGCUAGAGUCGCCACAGAUGACUGA